AUGGAGGGCAGUGGUGGCGCCGGCGCCGAUGGUGGCGGCGUCCACCCAAUCUUAGGUGCUCUUGAUGGACAGAACAACUGGAUGACCAGCCAUCCACAGUUUUUGGAGAUGUUGGAUUUGGAUGUGGCAGAGACUUCUCAAGUUUAUACAGCAUUCUUAGUUUAUCUGGACCUUCUGGAAGCUAGAAACUGGCAUGAGGUAAAGAGUGUAGGAUUACCAGAACUCCAGCUCAUCUGCCUUCAUGGUCAUGAGAAAGAAGGAGAAAGAUUACAGAUUGUGGUACCAACAUCUGUUCAUGCAGCCUUCAGUCAUGAGAGAAUAAGAGAGAUCAUGGCACAUGCUUGCAAAUUGCAAGUUGAACAAGGUUCUCCAAUGUCAAUUACACUGGCCAUAGUAGAAUCUGAUUCCACAAUUGUUUAUUAUAAGCUGACUGAUGGAUUCGUAAUGCCAGAUCCUCCUGAUGCAGUCGAGGAAACUGAUGGUAAACAGGGGAGAAAGAAAAAGAAACUGAAGAGAUAACUGGAAGUGUGAACUGAAGAACUGAAGUGAGGAUAGUUCAUGGGAUCACCGCUGUCAAGCCAAUUUGAGGAUAAGCAAGAACACAGUGGUUCGGUUUACGGAGAAAAGAAUGCAAGCUUAACAAGCAACAAAACAACUGCAAAUGUACCCAGCUUCUGCUAGGCCUAGACCCCAACGAAAUAGAAUCACUAGGGAGAGGGCCCAUAUGUUCAAAGACUUUUAUGGCAGCUAUUUCCAUGAGAGCUCCAAAACGGAAAUUAAGGGAGGAUAGUUUCCAAAUGAGGUGGACGAUCUCCAUGAUUUGAUUCAGAGAGAAGUAACCUGAAGAAAAAAGAAGGCAUCAGACAUAGCCGAGAUGGAAAUACAGGGCAGAUUUAGUGAUGCUAUAUUCCUGCAGUCUGGAACUCUGGCUUAGCUGGGCUUUUGCUCUAAAACUGUGUGUCAAGUCCUUGGAGAAGCUUUUGAUUCUCCUGGAGGUAGAUCAGUGUCUGGUUUGUGGUAUGGGCAUUUGGUGGACCAGAGUUCAGCUAGCUUCUUCACCUCCAUGAGCAGACAAGUUCAGUAUACUCUCUCUAGGAUUCACAACUCCACAACAACUGCCACAACUAAACCUUGGACUUUCCUAGCCUCCAUGAGCAGCUAUUCCAUCAGGUUCCAGGGCACUCUGUCACCAACUACAGUGCUAAAGCUAUCACCUUGACCCUUCCCUUUUCCCCUUCACAGUACGUACCCCUCUCCUCGCCCCCCACUACACACAUCUCUCUGAUACUCUGAGAUAGCUCUGUGCUAAUGCUGAGUACCCAAGGACAAUAACUAUCUGAACUCAUUCCUCAGUGAUGAACAUCUUUUCAUUCUGCCAUAUCCUCCCUAUGCCAGUAAUUUUGAAUCUCUGGCUACCAUUGUUCAAACUUCCAUUCUCUGUCCUCACUGACCAUUUCCUUAUGACCAUCCUCCUCAACCCAACCUCCUCCCUCCCCCAAUGACUGAAGCCACCCACUUCUACUGUGAUCUCUGUAGAGUAAAAGUACUUAGCUCUCGUCUUAAAAAUUUUUUAUUUCUCCUCUACAUCUUGCACUCAUAGAGAUCUGACUCUGUACUGAUAACACCACAUCUCUGGCCAUCCUUUCCAGCUCUGGCUGCACUUCCAUUCCUUCUCUACCCCUUCUCUUCAUCUUCUGCCCACUGGUCUUCAUCAGGAAGUUAGAAUGUUCCUUGUUCUCCAUUACUAUUUCCUGGCUCUUAUUCUACCACCAUCACUCGCUUUUUUUGAGGUUCCCUCAAACCACAUUUAUCAUUCAAUCAAGAUUAAGUUGUCUGUUGUCUGCCUACUUCCAGGACAUGCUCUUUUCUUUAGAGAAGGGUUUAGUGGCUUACUCAGUUUUUGUCUUUAUCUUUCCAGCUCCUGCUCUCAUACUAAAAGGUGGCAUCAGUUAUUUCAUAUUUAUAUUUUUCCAAACACCUUAACCUCACAUUACCUAUUUCUCAAGACCUACCCUUCCUUCUCAUUUUACCUACAUCCAGAAAGGUGAAGAUCCUUUCAUCUUCCCUUCACCUGCAAGUAUUCCACUUCCAUCUUUGUAUACUCUGAAACUCCUUUUAUUUGAUCAUAAUCUGUUGUCAUCCUACUUCUGCUUUGCAACCCUAAACCAUCCUGAUCUUCUUCCUCACUAGCAGGAAUUCUCUACUCCUUGGUUUGCCUGGCUUCCUUCAAGUUUAACUAAAAUCCCUCCUUCUUUUCCCAGACUCUUAAUCUUAGUGCCUUUCAGAGAGUACUACUUAGAUAUCCUUAGCACUUAGUAGAGUGCCUGCCACUUAAUAGACAAUAAAAUGCUUGUUGACUUUGAGCAGAAAUAAGAGAACAAUUUAUUCAGAAAAAGUUUAUACCGAGAAAAACAGUGAAUCAAUACAGUAAUCGGGGAAUUGUGUGUAUGUAUGUGUCUCAAUAUUUUUGGUGUCUUUUUUUGUGUGUGAAAAUUUUUAAAAAAUGUAGUUGAUCAUGGAAGUGUACAUGAUAUGAGAGAGAGGUAAUAAAUAUUUGUAAACAUA